UAUUUUUUUCGCCAGAUCUAUUUUUUUAAUCAGCUUAUAAAAACUUUAGAAAGAAAAAAAAAAUCCAGAUUGCUCUCCACACAAGCAUUUUUUUUCUCCGUCGAUCAACAGUGCGUUCAGUGUUUGAUUUUAAGAAGAAGCCAUGGCGGGGCAUAAGAUUGAAACAGGUCACGAGGACACCGUCCACGACGUGCAAAUGGAUUACUACGGGAAGCGAGUAGCCACCGCCUCCUCUGACUGCACCAUCAAGAUCACCGGCGUCAGCAACAACGGCGCAUCCCAGCACCUAGCUACACUAACCGGCCACCGUGGUCCCGUCUGGGAGGUCGCUUGGGCCCACCCGAAGUUCGGGUCAAUGCUAGCCUCAUGCUCCUACGAUGGCCAAGUCAUUCUCUGGAAAGAAGGCAGCCAAAACCAGUGGACUCAGGCCCACGUCUUCACCGACCACAAAACUUCGGUCAGCUCCAUCGCCUGGGCUCCUUACGAGCUCGGACUAUCCUUGGCCUGCGGUUCGUCUGACGGGAACAUCUCGGUGUUCACGGGGCGUGGUGACGGCGGCUGGGACACGACGAAGAUUGACCAAGCGCAUCCGGUUGGCGUCACGUCGGUCUCGUGGGGCCCGUCCACUGCGCCUGGGGCUCUUGUCAGCUCCGGGUUGCUUGAUCCGGUUUACAAGCUGGCUUCGGGUGGGUGUGAUAAUACGGUGAAAGUGUGGAAGCUCUCUAACGGGUCGUGGAAGAUGGAUUGCUUCCCGGCUCUUCAGAAGCACAGUGACUGGGUGCGUGAUGUGGCUUGGGCGCCCAACUUGGGUCUCCCUAAGUCCACCAUAGCUAGUGGCUCGCAAGACGGGAAAGUGGUUAUAUGGACGGUGGGGAAAGAAGGUGAGCAGUGGGAAGGUAAGGUUCUGAAUGACUUUAAGGCUCCGGUGUGGCGGGUCUCCUGGUCCUUGACGGGUAACUUGUUGGCUGUGUCUGAUGGGAACAAUAAUGUGACGGUGUGGAAAGAGGCGGUUGAUGGAGAGUGGCAACAAGUCACCGCCCUGGAGCCGUAGUUUUUUUCCUUUUUAAUAUGAUUCGCUAUUUCUUACAAAGGAACGGAAUAAAAGACUCUUUCUAUCCUGAGCCUUUACGAGGGAAUGUGGAUGUGGUUUUACUUAAUUUUGGUCGAGACAUUUGGUCAUUUUUUAAUCUUUUUCCUUGGCGAUUUUCAAGAAAUAAAUUCUUUUUUUUUCCUGGUUAAACAGUUUAUUGAUUGUAUUAGGUAAUAUCAUAAUACAAAAUGUUACAAGUUGUAAUACGUAAAAAAUAUGAUGUUAAAGGCUA